ACACCUUUAAACAAUAACCUUUAAACUCUAACCCCUGACCUUUAACCCUCCAACCAUGACAUCUGCUGGUGUACAUCCUUCAAAUGCGUUGGGCUGCUGAGGGUUUACUGGCUCUGGAUCUUAGCAGUCUCAUGCUUAGUUGAUUUAGUUGAUUGUAUGCAGCGUGAAAGCAAGGUGCCAGAUGGGUUACAGAUGGUGUUGUCUGAUGCUAAACAGAAUAGAUGGGAACUAGAUAUGGCAGUGAGGAGUACAUCAGUGUACUGAAGAAUAAUACUUUAUUGUCCAGAAAUGGUGUUCUGCUUUAUGCCAACCCCUUUGUGCGAGGUCAGGGAGGGAGUUUCCCUGAUAUAACUCUCCAUCCUUUCCUUUAUAUGUUUUGUUUGAAGCAUGCUCAUUUCAUAUAUAUUUUUUCUACCCAUCUCUCCUUCUCUCCUGUACUGGUUUUCUGCUAUCGUCUGCCCGACCAUCCCUUCCUGUCUCCCCUCCUCCAACCUCCAUCCCUCCGAUCCCUCACACUCAGCCUUGCCGCCACAUCUCCAGACCCAUGCUACCAGAAGCUUUUGUGGUUCUGAUGAACUCCAACCGCAAAACCUCUCAGGGGUCAGGAGGGGGCAUCUCUGUGACAACACUCUGCCUGGACACGCCCCCAGCCUUCAAGCCCUCCAAAGGCCGGGGCGGGCUCUCCUUCGGGACGGAAUGGCUUUCAUUGCUCCGCCCCUCCACCGUCAACGGGACGCUGAAGUUCUCUCACUCUCUGAGCGAUGUAGGCCAGCACAUGGACAGCCUCUGUAGCGGACUGCACUUCGUAGACCGGACCUGUUCUGAAGGAGAGCUGGAUGUAAAACCUAAACAACCCAACACAGACCAGAAGUCCAAGAUGUUCAACGGCAAAGCAGCCACACUCACACACCAGGCCUCGAACCAUCCUCCCUUCCCCACGCACACACUCACCCGCACACACCCUCACCUCGUUCCCUCAUUCACCAACAACUACAAGUACCUCACCCACGAACACUGCUUCCAACCUCACUCUUCCGGCGUCCAUCCUCCUCCUCCUCCUCCACCACUUCCUAACUCCCACCUUCACCCGCCCAGCUCCAAACUCCUCUGCCUCUUCCUCCCCUUCUCUCGCUCCUCUACCUUUGCCAGUCUACAGUGUUCUGAGCUGGGUAGCUAUGCUACGAUCUGGACCGUUUUUCAAUUCUAGACCGGUGUUCGUCACCUGCCCAUUCUGACAAAAUGGGGCCUCUCACGCCAGGCACGCUCUCGCCCUAUUCGCUGUCCGGAGACUGCUGCAGGUGGGUGAUUCCUGGAUUGUGACCCCCCUGUGUGUGAAGUGGUAGACUCCUCCUGCUCACCCCCGUGCUGUGAUGUGGUAGAGACACAUACAAUUCCAUGGCUGGAUCCUGCCUACACCUCCUGUGAUAUGACGUGAUAGAGCCCUGCCCAUCCCUCCUGUGAAGUGGUAGUGACUGUGCGAUCAGGGACUAGCUGGAAUGGAAUGGUCAGUCACACUGUGGUCUACUCUUCAAGUAUGCUUGCGUGACUGUUAUUUUUAAAUUGAAAAAUAGAAUUUAAAUAAUUAUCUUGCUGGUUAUCCACAGAGACAGUAGGCAUGGUGGGAGUGGUGGUGGUGGGGGGGGGACAGACAGAGGAGAGAGAAAGACAAAAAGAAAGGGCGAGAGGGAGCAAGUGCUUUUGGAUGAAGGUGUUCUGAUUUAUCACUCCUCCUCUGUACCAGUGGAGGCUCCUCAGAGGAGGAAGGGGAGAACCAUCCUCAGUGAAUUUAAUAAAAAUUGUGAAACAUUAAAAAAGUUAUCCUUUUUCGAUAACACUAUACUAAAUAUAUUCACGUGUGACCCAAUAAAUUAUUAAAACACACUGUUUUGAAAUUAAGCUCUACAGUAGCCUCAACAGCACUCUAGGAGGCUCAUGGUUCUCACCCCCUUCCAUAGAUUUACGCAGUAAUUAUGACAACUUCCGGAGAACGUCCUCCAACCUAUCAGACCUCUUGAAGCAUGAACUGUUGUCCACCCAAUCAAAGGAUCAGAGAAUGAAUCUAGUACUGAAAGCAUAAGCUACAGCUAGCUAGCACUACAGUGCAUAAAAUGUGGUGAGUAGUUGACUCAAAGAGAGAGAAAGACAAUAGUUGAGCAGUUUUGAACAAAUUCAUUUCUUUAAAAUGAAAGAGAAGCGAGAGAGAUGGAGCGAAAGAGGGCUAGCUUUAUUUUGUUGUAUAUUCACUUAGCUAGUGAAUGCAGCUAGCUAGUUUAGCCUACUCAAACGCCAGGCUCAAACAGUGGAGGAUACUAUGUUAGCUAGCUGGCUAUGGCUAUCCAACGCUGGAACCUCUUCCAGUAUUAUUU